AUGUAUGCAGAGACUGGCCUUCUGUUCCCUUAUUUUCAGAACUUCUCUCAAGAAGUGCAACAGCUUGAAGACUUCUUUGGCUAUCAGAAACCUAAUGCUUCAAUGAUGUGUAAUAUGGUUCAGACGUCCACUAUUUUGGAAUAUGACCUUGGGGGAGAAGGGGAUCUCUUCAAAGCUCCAGAACCUAUUAUUGAAGCAUCAGGAGUGGGCCUUGAUCCCAUGAUGGCUGCCAUUUCAAUGACCUCUUGUGGAGAUGUCAUUAACCCCCAAGCACUCAAGGUUACAGAUCUGGAAUCAAUUCAGAGUGAACAGCUUCUGAGUGAGGUUUUCUAUGAAUGCAAGAAGGAUCUAUUAGCAAAAGAAGCUACAGAAACACCACUCUCGGAGGUCAUGGACAUCAAAAUUCCUGCAACAAGGACAGAUGACAACCCAAUUGCAGAAGAAAAGUUACUUCCUCAGGGACCUCUCCAGAAAAGUGUUAGCUCAGGGUGUUUAAGCUCAAUGGAGUGGAUACAAGGGGCUCCAAUGAGGCCAAAUUUUCUGGAUUUUUCUGGACUGGACUUUGGAGCUGUUUAUGGAAUGCGAAGGGCAUUCAGUGAAGGAGACAUGAAGGUCAAUUUUAUAUGCUCUCUUGCAUUGUUAUCUCAUCUCUGUCCAUCGUGCUUUUAUCUGUAUCAAUAUUUAGCUCUCUUAUCCCAUUUGUCUCCAAGCCAAUUUAGUGGCCUUAAGGACAUAUGAACAUGAAAUGGCACCACAUCUACCUUUGAGAAAGGAAAAGGUAUAAAAAUAGGAGGAAACAUGACCAAAAGCAUAUGACAACAUGACAAAUGUUGACAAAAUGGUAAGGGAUAGUCAUUUCGAAAUUUGUAAAAAGGUUGACAUGAUUGAGACUUUGUUCUACUAUUUCUUUAUCCUAGAUUAGGGUUCACGUAUGCUUGCUGUUGUAUCUAUGCUACUCACUUCUGGGGAGAUACCAGAAGUUGUAAGACACAGAAACCUGAAAGGCAAUAAGGAGACCUGGUCUAUUCUUCACAAUUUUUGUCAGCAGAACAACGUAAAUAGGCAAAAAUGGAUGCAUUGGCUGGCCGUUGAUCCCUGUGAGCAUGUUACACCAAUUUGUCAAAUCUCAUUUUUGAACAGAUGUAAGGCAGUAGGAGCGUAGAUGAGAUUGUUUGGCACCUAUUGUUAGAACUCUGUUAGCUUUUUUUCCCCGGUAAGUAACUCCAUUGG